AUGUUCUACGCCCAAUUUGUGCUCUCGAAAAAGGGGCCGCUGUCGAAGAUCUGGCUCGCGGCCCAUUGGGAGAAAAAGCUUUCUAAAGCCCAGAUCUACGAGACUAAUGUCCAGGAUGCUUGUGAUGAGAUCAUACAACCGAAGGGCAAAAUGGCCUUACGUACCACCGGCCAUCUCCUGCUUGGUAUCGUCCGGAUCUACUCGAGAAAAGCCAAAUAUCUACUAGCGGACUGUAAUGAAGCGUUUUUGAAGAUCAAGAUGGCGUUCCGCCCCGGAAUGGCCGCUGACGCUUUUGAGGAUAAUUCUGACAUCAACACACCGGCUAUCCAACUGCCAGAGGUUUAUACCGAUUUCGACUCUGCCCUACCCGACUUCAACGACAUUGAUCUGCAGCACCAGCUCCACAUUAACCAGAGCCGAAUCGAUGACAUCACGCUAAAGGAGGAUCUGGCAGUCGAUUCCAAUGCUUUUGGCAAUGAUUUUAUGAUGGACGAUUUCGGAGAAUCCAAGCUUGGAGGCGGCGGCUUGAACUUCGAUUUUGACGAUAAUUUCGGACUGCUGGCUCCCGGAGAGGAUAUGGAACAGAUCAGAGAUGCUUCCGGUGUUCAUGUGCCGAAUGUAUCCCGAGGUGACAUUCGAGAACCGACUCCAAGUUUGGAAGGAGCUCGUGCUCCUGGGGCUAACGUCUUCGAGGAUGACGAUAUUGGAGGAGUAGACGAUUUUGAUGAUAUGGAUGAGAGAAUGAGCAUCUUCAACGAGAAUCAAAACCAUAUGGAGAUUGAUGCUCCUGGAGCUGAGAUGCCGGAUGAUAUGGGAGGGAGGCCGAUGGAUAUGACCUCCGAAGCCGGAACCGAAAGCUAUACCAUCGGACAAAUGGACGCCAGCUCAACAAUCACGGAAGUCAGGCGUGUAGGCAGACCCCGAAAGCGUAGACUCAUCAUCGAUGAACCGAAAAAUAUCACUGGCGACGAGAUGAAAUCACAAAUGGCCAACUACACCGACACCCUGCAGCCUCUUGAUUUGGCACCGCCGACGCGGAAAUUGAUGAAACUCAGGGAAUGCGGAAACGUCGAGAAACUCUACCACCAGCCCGGCAGUGAAACGAUCAGGGCAAAGCCGUUGGUCAAGUUCUACCAAUGUUGCCUCGUGCCGCACGUCAGGACUCAAGAAGAGCCAGCAGAUAUCCGUAGAGAGUUAGAGAUGUCGGACACCGUUGACGAUACCGAUGCCAUCAGCCAAUCGGUGACCCAACCCGACUUUGAUGACUUCGACAUGGGCGGCUUCGACGAUCAACCAUUCGACAAUGAUCCGACCCCAAUGGCCAUGGCAGAUCCGGUCCAGGAUGAACCGGCGGAUACGAGCCUCGAAGAGAAAAAGGAGGACCGCGAGGACGGCAAGUCGAAGAAGGAGCGCAGAAGUCGGCAGGUGCAGGAGGAGGAAGACCUUGGCGAAGGGGAUGAGGAGCACCGAUUCACAAAACGUACCCAGAACGUGUUGCACUCGAUUGCGCAAAAGCUGAGGUCGAGCGGCGAGGAUCAGAUCCUCCUCUCCGACAUGCUGACCAAGGCGUCGAACAAGAAGACAGCCGCGCAGAAGUUCUACACGCUGCUGGUGCUCAAGAAGUGGCAGGCGAUCGAGGUGGCCCAGGGCAAACCCUUCGACGACAUCUCCAUCACGUCGGGGCCCAAGUUGGACGAGUCGUUGGCGCAU